AUGUCGUUCCAAUUCGUCAACCUUACGGACCCCAGCGACACCAAAGACCAGAAAGUCCGACGUGCCAUUCGAAGUCAUGUCACAAAGCAACAGCAUCAAAAGGCAGAACAACUGGCAGCAGCCCGGAGAUCCAACAGUGAUCUUCAGUUGCUAGGCACAUCCUCAGCACAAAUCUCCCAGGGUCGUGCGCAUGCUGUAUCUUACCCGUUGUCAAGGCCUGCUUCCUCGGACCAGCAUAGCCCGGUAUCUCCGACUAGCAGCUCCGAUGUGUCUUCAUUCUCAUCGACCACCCAGUACCCGAUGAUAGAUGUGUCCCAAGUCUACCCGGCUCAGUGGCUUCCUUAUCUGAACCAGAUUCUCGAGAACUGUAAAUNNCUGGCAUACACGGCCAAGCAAGUCCUGCAGUCAGACGAUGCGCCUACAAUGGCUCUCUUGAGAUCUUUCUGGAUGCCAUUUGUCAUGACUGAUGUGGCACUGCUUCAUGCUGUGCUGCUAUUUGCUGCAUCGCUCUUUCGAUCCUCCAUGGCUGCGCACGCUCAAGUCGUUGAUCUGUUUCAGCUUAAAGACAUGGCUAUCCAAGCUAUGAAUGGAAGCCUUUCGACCAAGGAUUCUAUGAUAGCAACGAUGGCAACUAUGGCCCAGUACGAGGCGUUUUGGAGGGAUGCGGAUGCAUUCUCAACCCACAUGAGCGGUCUACGGCAGUUUGUCGGAAUGCGUGGCGGGCUCUCGGCUCUAGGAUUAGAUGGGUUCCUUGAAAGGAUGUUGGUCGCCAUCGAUCUCGACUUGGCUAGAACCACUGGACAAGAACGACUGUUUGCUUCAAGCCGACAAUCUCCCCGUCGACAAGGAUCACAUGGCUAA